ACGAACAGAUAUAUCAAGGUGGUUGUCAUGGUUUCAGAAGAAGAGUUGUGCCUGUAAGUAAAACGAUACUCAGUUAUAUCAUAGUUUUAUCUACAUGUUUCUGUUUAGUGAUCUGUAUUUAGAAUAAGUACUGGGCUUUUUAUAGCAUUGUCACGGUUCUUUUCCAUUCACAUUAUGUUAUAUUAUAAUAUAUUGUAUUGUUAUUUUCAUAGUUUUUAUAUAGAGGUUUGGAGAUAUUUAAGUGCAUGGUUUUAAAUUCUGUAGAUCAGCACUUUGAUUUGAUGUUAUUUUGUAGAUAUUUUCUAUUCUAAAAGUCAAAAAGAGAGAAAAAAAAAAAAGCAGAAUUUCUGAACUUGCUAUGAAGUGUGAUAAAUAUAUUUUGGGAUUACACCUGUAAAAUAAAAUCUCCUUUUUAAACAAGCAAACUUGAAUUUGGCUAGUCACCCCUUCAAGAUUGCAUCUUCGUGCACCUCUGCAUUGAUUUUAGUGAACUAGUUAACUUUAACUUUAUUUCUGGGGAAAAGAUAGAGUUGCAGGGAGCCACAUCUGCAUGGAGCUGAAGUAGAAGUUUGUGUGAACAGUCUGACCUUCCUGAGCAAGCUUGGACUUUAUGUACUGAAAACUGCUUUUUGGUUCGCUGGUGGUAGCCGGACACCCACCUCUCACCAGCACAGAUGGUUCAGGACAUUAAAGCUGGGUCAGUCUGACACAGAUGUCGGCUUUUAGCCAACGUUUGUGGUCUAGAUAGAAAUCACAGAUGAAUGGGACGUAAAAAGCAGCACUAUUAGAAGUAGUCCAGAGGUGCACAAGGACAAAACCUUUCUUUAAAAUAAAUUGUCAGAGUUCCAAAACAUUCUGAUCGCACCCCGUGUCGCUUUUUCUGUUCAAAUAUAAACAGACAGUGGAGUAAGUUUCAGUACAACAUUUCAAGCAAACGUCAAAGCCGUAAUGAACCUAAUAAUAACCUAAUUAGCUUGAAUAGACUGGAUUUUAAAACGUAGAAGCUGUUUAUUAGCCGUUUACUAGACUAUGUGGAGGUGAAGGUGGUUCUCGGGGCUGAUGGUGCACUCCUCCUCCCUCCAGAUGAGCUUCCAGGAGGACCAGGAAAUCGGCUUCAUGCCCCGGCAGCUCAGCAGCGGCAGUGAGGAUCACAGCAGCAGCGACGAGGCCUCCUCUCCCUGCUACUCCUCUGGAUCCGAACCGAUCCCACCACCUCCCACCCAAAGCCCCCCGCCUCCUCCGCCCUUGCAGGCUCUCAUACCCCCUCCCAUUCCGUUUACCGACCCUCUCCCACCAGUGCGCUUCUCACCCGAGCACGUGCCCCGCAGCCGGAUGCCCUUCCAACCGCACCACCCCAUCAUCCCUCCUCCUCCACCCCCUCCGAGGACCAUCCUGUCCAGCCGCUCUCCCCUACACAAAAAGCACCCGAGCAGAGACGAAAAUGAGAAGACUCUCCAGCGCUUCCAACCCACCACCCGCCUCGGCCACACAACCCUGACCUCCACCAAAACCUUGCGCUCCCGCCCCACCUACCUCCCACGACAGUUCAGCCAGCCUCAGCCUAUCCGCCAGCCCUCCCCGCAGCCCUCCCCGCAGCUGCUGAGGCCGAGCCAGCUCGUCCUGCAGAGGCACCACCAGCUCCACCACCAACACAGCUACCAGGGCCCACUGCCGCCGUCCCUCCAGGAGCACAGCCCAUCCCAAUGUCAGAGCCAGGGCCACGCGGGCUCCUCGCUGCUCUCGCAGCCUCCAACCUCUCACUCCACCCUCCCCAGUCACAUGAAGACCUUGGAAACCACAAGGCAGGAACACCACACCUCCAAACAGGCUCCACCACCACCUCCUCCACCAUUACCUCCUCCUUGUGACCCACCUCCGCUGCCCAAGCCGGGCCAGCAAGCCUCAGACGCUAACCACAUGAGCGUAAAGAGGCUCCGCUGGGAGCAGGUGGAGAACUCUGAGGGAACAAUAUGGGGUCAGCUCGGGGAGGAUUCAGAGUAUGACAAGCUCACCGACAUGGUGAAGCACUUAGACCUGGACCUGCACUUUGGGACUCAACGCAGAUCCAUCUCUCCUCCAGAGCCAGCCUUCCAGCCAGAGAACUUGAAAAAGAAAGACGUGGUGGAGAUUCUGUCUCAUAAGAAAGCCUACAAUGCCUCCAUCCUCAUCGCCCAUCUGAAAAUCUCCCCCGAAGAGCUGCGUCAGGUGUUGAUGAACAUGACCACCGACAGGCUGGAGCCGGCCCACAUCAAGCAGCUGCUGCUGUAUGCCCCAGACGAAGAAGAGGUGAAACAGUACGAACAGUUUGAUCAGGACCCGGGCAAGCUGAGCGAGCCGGACCAGUUCAUUUUCCAGAUGCUAAUGGUGCCUGAUUAUAAGACUCGCCUGCGGAGCCUCUACUUUAAAACGACCCUACAGGAGAGGACGGAGGAGAUGAAGAUCGCGUACGAUUACAUCUACAAGGCUUCAGUGGAGCUCAGGAGCAGCAAGAAACUAGCCAAGAUCCUGGAGUUUGUUCUUGCAAUGGGAAAUUACCUGAACAACGGGCAGCCGAAGAGCAACAGGACGACCAGUUUUAAGAUCAACUUCCUAACUGAGCUAAGCACAACCAAAACAGUAGACGGGAAAUCCACCUUUCUCCACAUUUUGGCCAAGUCUUUGUGCCAACACUUCCCAGAGCUGCUCAGCUUUCCCAGAGACCUCACAACAGUGCCUCUGGCAGCUAAAGUGAACCAGAGGGCCAUUACAACAGAGCUGAGUGACCUUCACUCCACCGUGCAGGACAUCAGGGCGGCCUGUCAGAAGAUCCAGUCUACCCCUGACGAUCACUUCACUUCAGUCAUGAGUGUACGAUAAAACCCAUCCAUUUUCAAGGCUGGAGCCUAUUCCAGCACACGCAGGGUGUACAAUGGGUAGUUUGCAUGUUAUCACAAAGCUGAAACAGUAGGAACGACACUCAGAUUAAUGUCAUAGGGAGAACAUGCACACAAAGGCCCAGGUGGGCAGCAGGGUUGAACCCUUAUGCUGAGAGGUGACAAUGUUAACCACUGUUCCACCAUGCACCCCUACAGUAAAAUCUGUAAAUACAUGAAUGAUGUUUACCAACGGUUAAGAGUUAAAGAGACACUUUUGUGUCUUUGCAGUUUCAGCUUAGCAAAGGAAUCACUUGGCUGGCCCUGUCCAGUUCUCAUCGACUACAAGCACUCUGAUGUUUACUACCAUACAGGUUAUAAUAUAAGUGUAAAAAAUAUUAUAAAAGCUCAGGAAAAACUUGACAAAAUCGGCUGGUUUUGUUGUCUGGGUUCCAUAUUGUUGAAACAAACGACAUAAUGACUUGCCCGUUUCGCACUGCUAAGCUAACCGUUUCCUGGUUGGGUAAGAACACAAAUAAUAUGAUAAUGUUGCACUUCA